AUGUGGAGGAGGAAGCUGCGGAUCAGCGGGACUCGUCGGGCCGCACGCCGGAGCCGCUCGGCGGCGGAGAAGACCGAAGUAUUAAGUGACGACCUGCUGCAGGUGGAGAAACGUCUGGAGCUGGUCAAGCAGGUCUCCCACAGCACCCACAAGAAGCUGACUGCCUGUCUGCAGGGCCAGCAGGGCGUGGACCUGGAGAAGAAGUCCGUCAGGUCGCCCUCGAAAAAGCUUCCUCUCACAACACUCGCACAAUGUUUGGUGGAGGGGGCGGCGGUGCUGGGAGACGAGACCCUACUGGGGAAGAUGCUGAAGCUCUGCGGCGAGACGCAGGACAGCCUGGCCCAGGAGCUCAUCAUGUUCGAGCUCACCAUCGAGAGGGACGUGGUCGAGCCACUGUACGACCUCGCCGAGGUGGAAAUCCCAAACAUCCAGAAACAAAGGAAACAUUUAGCAAAGCUGGUCCUGGACAUGGACUCUGCACGCACACGGUAUUACCAGUCCACCAAGUCGUCGGGACUGUCCAGCAACCUGCAGCCGACAGGAGCCAAGGCCGACCACCACCGGGAGGAGAUGGAGGAGGCCGCCAACCGCAUGGAGAUCUGUCGAGAUCAGUUAUCGGCAGACAUGUACAGUUUUGUGGCCAAAGAAAUUGACUAUGCAAGCUACUUCCAGACGCUGAUAGAAGUCCAGGCCGAGUACCACAGGAAGUCAUUAGAGCUGCUUCAGAGUGUUCUGCCGCAGAUCAAAGCUCAUCAGGAGACCUGGGUGGAGAAGCCGUGCUUUGGGAAACCAUUAGAGCAGCACUUAGCGCUCAGCGGGAGAGAUAUUGCCUUCCCCAUCGAGGCCUGUGUCACUAUGCUGCUGGAGUGUGGCAUGCAGGAGGAGGGUUUGUUCCGAAUCGCUCCCUCCGCCUCCAAACUGAAGAAGCUGAAGGCGUCUCUGGACUGCGGCGUGUUGGACGUGCAGGAGUACUCCGCCGACCCGCACGCCAUCGCAGGCGCCCUGAAGUCGUACCUGCGGGAGCUGCCUGAGCCUCUGAUGACCUUUGAACUCUACAACGACUGGAUCCAGGCCUCAAACAUUCAAGAUCCAGACAAGAGGCUUCAGGCUCUUCUCAGCGCCUGUGAGAAACUCCCCCCCGCCAACAACAACAACUUUAAGUAUUUGAUCAAAUUUCUCUACAAACUGACUGAGUACCAGGACGACAACAAGAUGACACCUGGAAACAUCGCGAUCGUCCUCGGACCGAAUCUGCUCUGGACGCACAACGACGGCAACAUCACGGAGAUGAUGACGACCGUCUCCCUGCAGAUCGUGGGCAUCAUCGAGCCGGUCAUCCAGCACGCCGACUGGUUCUACCCGGGAGAAAUCGAGUUCAACGUCACAGGGAACUACGGGAGUCCUGUCCACACCAACCACAACGCUAACUACAGCCUGAUGCCGUCUCCGGACCUGGACCAGAUGGAACGCAGACAGAGCGAGCAGAGCCGGCGGCCGCUCAGCGUCGCCACCGACAACAUGAUGCUGGAAUUCUAUAAGAAAGAUGGCAUUAGGAAGAUACAAAGCAUGGGCGUCAGGGUGAUGGACACCACCUGGGUGUCGCGCCGCGGCUCGUCGUCCGCUCGCCACAGCGCCUCCACGCCGCCCAGCGUGCACCCCCCCCACCCGCCCACUGACGCGCCCAGCCCCGAGCAGCACGGGGGGGAGCUCUGCGUCUGCCCCUCCCCCACCCCUCCUCCCACUGGCAGUGACCGAGCCAGCUCGGAUGAUGCGUCUUCCAACUGGGCGGAGUCCUGUUACGCCUACCCCUCCCCCGAGGAGGAGAGGCCGCCUCCCCCUUACCCCUCUUCCUCCUCCUCUUCCUCCUCCUCUUGCUCGUCCUUCUCACUCCCUCACCACCCUCUCUACGCCCGAGCACCUCCUGGUGUGCGUCCGGUCGCUCCCAGCCCGUCCCCUCCCCCCCGCCGCUCCGGCUACAGCCCACCCCCACCCCCCCACUCUCUCUGCCCCUCCCCUCAGCAGCUUGAUGUCAACUCCAACCCCGAACCCGCCUCCCUGCCCCCCCCCAAGCAUGCGUCCCUUUCCGAAACGAAUGGCUCCUCCCUCUACAUCAAACCCCCCCUCGUUCUCACCCGUCACGACCUGUUCCCCGGCUCCCCCAAACCCCCCAACACCCCCCUGCCCGCCCCCCCUCCAUGGGCGGCCUGUGCCUGUGGCCGCGAGGGAGGAGCCAAGCCGACGAGCACCCUGAAGAGCAAGGAGCUGUCUCCAGUGAUCGGACAGAAGGGCUUCCAGGGAACAGUGACCCCUGGUGGACAGUCGCAGCACUCCGAGCACAGCCCCCACUCCCUGAGGAGAGCAAAGAAACUGGCCCCGAUCCCGCCCAAGGUCCCGUACUGCCAGUCCGGAGCCAUGUCCGACCAGUCCACGGGUCAGCCGUCCCCAGUCAGCCUGUCUCCCACUCCUCCCAGCACCCCCUCCCCUUACGGCUUCAGCUACCCCCAGGGAUACGCCACCAUCGGCUCCCCGGGUCAGAGCCAGAUGGCCUCCACGCCGUCCCUGUCCUCUCCGCCCUCGCUGGCCGGGACGCUGACGAAGGCGCGGUCGGUGCCCAAGCCGCCGCGGCAGCGACCCAGCCUGCCUCCUCCUCAGCCGCCCUCCACCCCCGGCUCCAGUCCGCAGCCUCUGGACACGUCCCCGGGUCUCCUGGACGGUUUGUCUCCUGGGGAGAGCAUGUCCACAGAUUGUCUCUGCAACUUGGACAUCCCCUUCAUCAACAUGGAGCUGGACGGUAUCUUUGACUUACCCCACAUCGCCCCCUUCAGGAACUCGGUGGCGCUGCUCGGUUUGACCAAAGCCAGAGCCGAGUCGGAGGAGGAGUCUGAGAGCACAGUGCUAUGA